GUUUAAUACAGAGCUUUUAAGUUACUUUUAUUCAAAUAAAUCGACACUAUAACGAAGAAGAAUACGGAUGAUGGAGAAGAUGAGUGAAGAGAACAUGGAGGAGGUGACGGUGCUGGAGGCUCAGAUUGAGCUUCUUCAGGCUGAAGUUUUAGCGUUGCGGUGCCAACAGAAGGACAACCUCAAGGACAUAACGUUUGACUUCAGAGGGCAGAUGCAGGAUGCCAUGUCGUGUAUGUGUGGACAGAGACGAGGAGACGAGAAGGAGACGGUGCUGUCCAGGCUGAAGGAGGUGGUGGAGGAGCUGGAGGAGGAUCUCAAGCUACAGACACAGAGGAAUGGCAUCAGUCUGAACAGCUGCACCACAAAGACUCUGCAGAGCAGUGGCAGAAAGCUGGUCCAGCAGCUCUGUAUAUCAGGUCACUGCUCUGAACUGGUCUUCCAGGUGGAGUUCCAGCUGUCUGAGGUCAAGGAGGGUUCAGGAUGUGAGCGGACGAUCAGUGAUCUGAACGUGGUGAUGGACGCCAGCGACCUGCAGAACUUCAGCAGUUUCCUGUCUGGGGUGGAGGAGAGCAGAGAUCUUCUGCUGUUCUUCAGUACUGUCAGGACCUUCUCAGACCGAUGUGACGACCGGCGCAGAACCUUCCAGCACUUCCAGGAGAAGUAUCCCUCUGUCGUCUCUCUUCCUGGAGGCUGCAGGUCGGAGGUCAUGAUCCUGAACCACCCUGAGCUUUCUGGCUGCGUCCUGUUCGUUCAUUGGUCGGUGGACGUCUCCAGAGAGGGCGGAGUCUCUCCGAAGAUGGAGCUGCUGACAAAGAUCCCUGAGAGAGCGCUGCAGCUGUUUCCCUCUCAGCCUGUAGGCGGCGCCGCUGAGGCCUUUCAGAGCCUGCUGAGGAUUCUGGGACCUGAAGCGGCGAUGGAGUCCGUCAUCAUGGCGGUCAGCCUUUCACAGGACACAUAACUCACUUCUUCUUCUCUGAGAACUGGUUCAAAUGUAAAACAAGACACAAACCUCCGAUACAGAACAAAGAAAACACACAGCGACGGUUUAGUCCCUUAGAAAUCUUUAUUCAAUAGAAAGAGCUCAGCCGUGACGGUUGUAACAGCAGAGCUCACUGGUCAAAAUCUACAAAAAUAAAUAAUUUAAAUACAAAAUGCAGGACAGCAGCGUCGCCUUUUUGUAUUUUCAAAUAGUUCUCUCCUCUCGGAUAUUUACACACACAGUUAUGAUAAGUCUGUAGCAUCACAGUGCUGUGAUGUUUCUGCAGGCCGACGCUCAGGCAGCAGGCGGAGGCAGAGGCAACCGACCAACCACACGGCAGCUCAGCUGUCGGAGCUCCGCCUCAGUGAGGACAGUUUGUUUUCUCCCGAUUACUGGAACAUAAUCUUAAAGGAAAUGAUUUGUCAGCCCCAGUUUGUGUCUGUUAGUAUUAUCGUUAAUUAUAUCUGAUAAUCUGAACCCAACAACACAUUUUAAUGACACUUAAAUACAUUUUAAGAGAUUUUCCAGAAUCCUUGAAAAAUUAUAUUCAGUCUUCUGCACGAUGUCAGUGGAGUUUGUGAACAUGUGACACAGUCCUGAAUUUACUCCUCUAGGACUUCUCCAUGUUCACGUUAAAGUUUAACUAUAAAACUCAAUCUGCUGAUGGAGGAAGUGUAGCUUGAACUAGAGAGGUUUCGUUUUUCUCUGGAUAAAGAAAUAAGAUUUCAAUUUGAGAAAAAAAAAAAAAUAAGAAAAAAACUGAAUAUUUAUAUCCAGAUUAACGGAAAAGUAUCAUGUUUAUUGACCCGGAAUUUAUCUUUCAGGUAAAGUUACCGCGUGUUUUUAUUCUACACGUUUUAAUCUACGGAGGAACGUUUGUGGUCCAAACAUUGUCAUGCAUAUUUAGAAAGCGAUGUGUGUGAAGGUACGUCAGAUUAUUACACUCAACACCUGCAAAGACUUGAUGGACGCGUUAUCGUAAUUACAGGUUUUUUUCUCUCAAAGCUCCAAUAUAUCCGAC